CUCAAUGGUUCGACGGAUAUGUUUGAACCCCGCUCAUUUUUUCGCUCAGGGAACUGCAUCUACUGUGCUACUUUCAAAUUAUCAUGCAUUUGGCCAUUCUGCCGCAACAGACUGAGAAAACGAAUUCGCUCAUCACUCUGAUCAGAUUACAGGUCAGUUUAGCUCGCAUACAGCGACCCGUAAACGGUUCUUGUUGUCUCUUUUUAUAUUUUUCUUAUGCUUUUUUCCCUCCUUGGUCUUCCUUUCUUCUUCUUCUUCUUGUUCUUCUGAAUUUUGCUGUCUUGUGAUUUGCCGCUAUCCUCCCUUCUUUCUUAAAAAUUAUUACCAUCUUCUUUCUUAUAUACGGCGGUUCCCAUGAAAAGAUCAUCGUUACAUCGACACUCGUGCCCUUCGCUACAACCAUUAGACCUUCCGCACUAUCCGCUCAAGUCAGUCGCUUCCAAAGAAUUACAGGCUACAGGCUUUUCAAUACUGGAACAGCGAAUACAACCUACCAAGAAUGCUUCUUUCUCAUCAUGUGAAAGACUAGGCUGUCCAUCGCAUAAACGAUCCAUGGAUUCCUUUGUCAGUCCGCUCACCACGAAAAACCUUCAAUACCACACUCAACAACACGCCGUCCAUUAUCGAAGAUCAAGAUUCACGCAUAUCGCAUCGUUUGUCGAGUCGCAACGUGAAAUGCUGAAAUUGGAACUCCAGUUACAGCAGCAACGGAAGGCGGAGAUACAAUCCCUGAUUCCGCUGGACCUCGGAGCAACGAACCAAGAGCUGAUUCAAGAUAACACUAUCUACGAUGAAUUCCCCAUUCCACCGAGUGAUCACCCACAACCCCUCCUCAAUGAUAGAAAAGUAGAUAUAUUACCAUUAUCGCCAAAGAAAAUUGGUAUCAAGGAUAAACGACCUUUGCAAACCCUUUCGCGGUGGAUCCGAUUAGGAAAAUCCUAUUGUUUGAAACUCCAGCGUAACCAUCGAUCACCACCGUCCCCUGAAUCUCCUACACCUGCAUCACGGCCUCGACCGACGUCUGAAUAUGUCUUGAAGCACACAUCUUGGUGCCCCAGCAUCCCUUACGAGCAAUAUAAAGAAGAGAAAUCAUCCAUGAUUCGUCAAGCCUUGUUUGAUCUCCGACAUACAAAAAUGACAUGUGCCGAUGGAAGCAUGCGCGAUCCACUAUCUCACAGUGACAAAAUUGCAGAAUCGUCAUCCACACGGUAUUAUAAAAGAGAUUCUGGAAUCUCUCUUUGGAUGUCAUCGACGAAAUCAUUGUUACACCGACAAAAGCAAGAUAGUGCCUCUGCUUAUGCGCAACGUCGAUUAUCAGGAUCGGUAUUUCGCCUGUUCCCACAACCUACGGCGUCCAAAGAACCAAAAGAUGAGCUGCUGGCAUGGCGAUAUCCAAAAAUGGCUGCAGUGCAAGAUUUAAGAGACGCCGCUAUCCAACUCUUACUCGAUGAAUCGGCUCCAGUCUGUGAGCAGCCCACCGAUGCUGACCAAGGUGAUUCGCAACGCCAGAAUCACUACCGUUUUUCCUACCCUUGUGAUAAACUACGUAUGACGACCACUGUGCUCCCAUUAGAGUCCGAAUCUUAGCAUCAGUUCAGUCAAAAACUGGUCCCAUGGGAUACCGCGGGUGCUGCUACUGCUAUAGGAAGAUCGGCAUGGGGGAAUGGCCCCUAAUUCCUACUGCGAACGAUUAACUGUCCAUAAAUGCUUGAAGCAGCGGGAUGAAAUUUUAAGUGGACUACUCUUCUUUUUCGCAAAAUAGUGCUCAUCACUACCUGCUAGACUACAGUAGUCUGGCUAAUGCGAACCAAAAACAAGGUGUUAUCAUUUGUUUUUUGUCUUUAAUAUUGAUAUCUACCAUGCAUGCAUGAUAUUCCUCUGUUCAUGAAAUUGACCUGCGUGGGGUCCCUUAUAAGAAGAACAUGCUUUAAAAAGUUU